GAGAGAGAGAGAGAGAGAGAGAGAGGCUGCUCGCGGACGUGGCGGCUCCGGGGCUGAGCGACGAGCCCGCGCGCGCGAGAGAGAGAGAGAGAGAGAGAGAGAGAAAGCAAUGCACCGGGGAAUCUGCAGGGUCCAGAAUCAGGGAAAGGAUCAGCAGCGCUGGCAUUAAGUAGACUGCUAAGGGAGGAAUCUGGCUGAUGAUGGCCGAGCUGGAGACGGAGUGUAUCGCGUUAGGCCUGAACGCUCUGGCCUCGGAGUGUAUGUCGCCUGCUCUGGAGCCGCUGCGUGCCGAGUGCGUCACGCCGACACUGGCCAUGCUGAACACGCUUAGCUCCGAGAUCGCUGAGCCAACGGCCAUGCUGCCAUGCGUAAAGAGCGACCCGGACCUGGAGCUGGUACCGAUCCGCACCGUGGACGUGUCCCAAAUCCAGCCCCUGAGCACUGCGGAGCUGGGAACGGAACACGUCAGGAUGGAGAUCAGUGGCCUGGAGUACAUCAAGUCGGACCUGCACUCGUUCCAUGGCACCGAGUUGGAAUCGUAUAAGCCGAGUUACGAUGCCUUUGAUUACGUGUCGCAUGACAACCUGGACUACAUCAAGUCGGAUCAGAGUUCCGACCUGCAGUGUUACUAUGCAAUGGAACUUGAGGCUAGCCGGUACGAAUAUGACUCAACACUCGCAUCCGAGAAGUCUGAGACAUCGGAUACAGCGGAGUCAAACAUUCUUGAGUCCAUCCGGAUGGCGGAGCUCCGCACUGAGCUCAAUAAGCUCCGCCCUGACGCUGUUAUUGAAUUUUCGUCUGCUCACAUGUACGACAUGCAGUCUGCAAAUGCAAACACAAACACCACAAACCCAGACAAUGCGAAAGUAAAAACGCAACCACGCAAACCUCGCAACCUGACGGGCGAAAAGCCAUUCUCCUGCACGCAAUGCGGAAAGAACUUCAGCACUCUGGGAAACCUGAAGACGCACCAGCGAAUCCACACAGGUGAGCGGCCGUACUCCUGCUCGCAAUGUGGCAAGAGCUUCGGCCAGGCGGGCAACCUGAAGCGGCACCAGCUGAUACACACGGGCCAGAAGCCCUACAACUGCAGCUUCUGCCCCAAAGGCUUCACCAAGGCAGACGACCUGCGCUCGCACCAGCGCAUCCACACGGGCGAGAAGCCGUUCACCUGCGACGAGUGCGGAAAGGCCUUUUACCAUUCCAAGGAACUCAAGACACAUCGCCUGGUACACACGGGCGAGCGGCCGUUCUCCUGCCAGCACUGUGGCAAGGCAUUCACGAAGGAGGUGAGCUUCCGCAACCACCAGCAGAGCCACACAGGCGAGAAGCCGUACCAGUGUGUGCACUGUGGAAAGAGCUUUGGGAACUCGGGCGUGCUCAAGACUCACGAGAAGAUCCACACCGGGGAGAAGCCGUUUCAGUGCACGCAGUGCGGCAAGAGCUUCGGCCGUCUCGGACACUUAAAGGCGCACCAGCAGAUCCACACGGGUGAGAAGCCGUACAUAUGCUCGCAGUGCGGCAAGAGCUUCAGCCAAUCGGGUCAUCUCAAAGCACAUGAACAGAUCCACAAACGAGAGAAAGCGCAAUAACGAAGAACGAGUGCAGCUAAACUGUAAUGGAGCACAGGAAAUGAAACAAAAUGUUAAUGUCCAUAAUAAUGAUACUAUAUAUAUGCACACGUAUAUAAAACGAUUUAAUUUACUUACUUAUGAAUGGCUAAAUGGCUACGAAUGUUUUGAUUCAUCAUAUGUUUAUCUGUCAGUCAGCCUCAGAGGGUGGGAUCAGCUGUGAUCAGUGCUAGAGUCCCACUGAAUACGUUUAUUCAGUGGUGGACAGACUGGUAGCCCCGGUAUGAGGGAGGCGAUCGAACUAUCAUUGUUUUAUUUGUAGUUACCCAGUGGAUAAGACUGGAGGAGGUCACCAAGAUGUUUUUCCCCCAUCCAGCAAGAAGAGAAAGGAAGCAUUUUUAUUUGUUUUUUUUUAAACUUGAUGCUCCAGUUGAUUCAUGCGGUUAUUGGUGCUGUGACCCACCUCAAUGCUCUAACUGUAGCUUGCUACUUAUUCCCAAAUCCUGGCACUUGUGGACAUGGUCUGGUCCUCUGAAGGUCCUGCUACCAGUUACUUAGAUACCUCAUGUUUAAACACAAAGUGUUGAGCAGAACUGAAGACCUGGCCAGACUUGAACAUGUUGUGUGAGGAGAGAACAGCACGGCUCAUAGUCAAAAUGUUAGCUACAGCUUCACUGUCAUUUUGUCAAAGACACAAACACACUAUACUACAUCAGAGACAUAAAUUCCCCAGUAAUUCAAGGACUUGUGCAUUACCUCUGUGGGGUAACGGUACAUCCCUACGCACAUCCCUCAUCAGUAUUAAUGCCUAGCUAAUUAGGUUCCUGUGGAACCACAGGCACAUUGGAGCUCUCACUCUGCCAGUGGGCUAAUGAAAAGAUUUAUGGAUUGUCCACUUAAUCAAAUACAUUUUACAUCAGUUAACGUCUAGCAUAGUUUUUUUUCCAGGAACUGAUCUCUGAUUGGUUACUUUGGUAUUGUGGAUGGAUGCAUUUCUGUGCUGAUGAUAAGUUUUGUUAAGGGCACAAACGCGACAGUCGUUGAUAAUUUCCUCUGUCGACUUCUCAGGCUGGUGAAAUGACCACAAUGCACAAUUCCAGGACCAAAAUAUUCAGCACAUGAUAUUUGCCAUCAAGGUUUCAGAAUAAAAGAGAAUCUGUCAUGAGGGAACCUUGUAGUUCCAUCACAAACCUUCGGAACUCGGAACCAGACUGUCUUUGCACUGAGCCUAAUGCAGUAACAUAAGCUGACGUUAGUAUAGCUAUAUUAGCAAAUCUUAUUUCGCCAACAUUACUGUGAAUGAAUGAACCGAUGGUGUUAGUAUGAGGCUCUGAGGCGCAGGAGAACAUCAGGUUCAGAGAUACACUCACGUCACUACUCUUCAGUAAACCAGUUACAAUCACUGAUCCCACCUCAUGGGAAUGAUUGACAGAUGACAAAAAGGACAUUCAUAAAAAAAAUAAGUAACCUCAUUUAUGAAAGAUUGAUACAGAUGAACAUUAAUAUAUUGAUUUUGUUUUCUAUGCUCCAUUAUACACACCUCUCAAAGUAUUAUCCUUUUUUUUUUUUUUUUUUUUUUCAAAAGGUCUACAUUAUAUAUAAUUAUAUACGUUUUCAUACCUGUUUGUGACUGAUUUGCUAUUAUGCAAGUGUCUUUCUUUGUUAUGUCGGGGAAGGGGGGUCUGGUAGAAAUGUUUCGUAUCCGUUUUAUCUGUUUAUAUCUGUUUUAGUGACAAUUUCUUUUCAUACUCACCGUGUACACGUUUAUCAAGAAACCAUGUAAUUCUUUAAAUCAUGUACUGGAACGAGUUAUUAAAGAAACUAAUGAAAAGUG